GACGCGUAACCUUCGACCCCCGCCUGCCGAAGCACAGAGCCGCGAGCCGUCGCCGCAGAGGCCUCGCCGUGCGCCCUGAUCCGAUGGGCAAGUCAAAGUGGUCGCACUUUCCCCUCAACUAUACCGUCGCCGGCUCGUAUCAGUCCGAAGGCAGCAUGGACGACAGCGGCGGCUUCGUGCGGCAGGGGAGGCCCCGCUGCAAGGGCGUCGCCGAGCCCUCACCCGCUCCCGCCGGGGAUGCGACGGUCCGCGCGCUAAUCGAGAUGGGGUACGACGAGGGGGGCGUGCUGCGCGCCGUCGCGUCCCUCUCCGACAAGUCGAACGUUGAAGCGGCGGUUGUCGAGCUUGAGCGCAUCGCUGGCGACGGGGUGCAGUCGCUCAAGGCUGUGCCCUACAUCGGCCUGCAAAACCAGGGUACCACCUGCUACCUGAACUCGCUGUGCCAGUGCCUCAACAAGACGCCGGAGCUGCGUGGGGGGCUCAUCGCCCUCUGCUCCACGCCUGACACCGCGAGGCCAGUGUGCGCUGCGCUCUCCUCCCUCUUCUCCUCCCUGUCAUCGGCGUCGCAGGCCGUCGGAGCCGAGGGUCUCUCCCGCGCGCUCACCACCGCGGUGGUCGGCGGCAAUGCCUUUGGGUACGAGGACGUGCAAGAGUUUUGGCAGGUGCUGCUGGACAAGCUCGAGGCUGAGCUCAAGAGCACGCCGCAGGCGGAUCUGCUCAUCUUCCGCGACCCCUGAGAUGAGAUCACCCAAGAUUACGCGGGAUCAUCACCCGAGAUAGGAGGAUCUGCUGCGCGAGGUUUUUGGCGGUACGCAGCGUGCACACGUGCGGUGCGCCCGGUGUGGCAACGUCACCGCCACCGACGAGGAGUUCUAUAAAGGUGUCAUUUUCAUGC